CUACGUUAACUACAUGACAGUUUAUGUUUUGAAAUAUGACAGUUUGGGAAUAUAACAUAACCUUAACAAACCAACAAUGAGUUUAAAAAAUAAACUUUAUAAAACAAUCAAAACUAGUGAUAAAACGAUUAAUAAUAAUAGAAAGAAACUUAAAACUAUCUCAGAAAUUAACCCAACGUCAUUACCUCGCGAGUUUUAUUCCGUGCCAUGUCGAGAAUUAGCGGAUUCUUUACUUGGUAAACUUUUACUGCGAAAAAUCGACAAUGUUAUCCUAAAAGGGCGAAUUGUUGAAGUUGAAAUGUAUCCUGGAGGUGAAGAUAAAGCUUCAUACUCUUAUAACGGAAGGCGCACUCCCACAAAUGUACCCAUGUAUAUGAUACCUGGAACAGCAUUUGUUUACAAAACAUAUGGAAUCUAUCAUUGUUUUAACAUAUCAGCCCUAGAAGAAGGUGGUGCUAUUUUAUUACGUGCUGUAGAACCACUUGAAGGUAUCAAGGAAAUGCAAAAAUAUAGAAGUGUUAGAAAGAAAACUCCAACAAAAAUUCAAGAUUUAUGUAAAGGCCCUUCAAAUUUAUGUACAUCAAUGUGCAUAACCAAAGAAAUAUGCAACAAAGUUGAUAUGGCACAAAGUGAUGUAUUAUGGGUAGAAACUGAUGAUUUUAGCAAUGAUUUUGAAAUUGUUAGAACUUCAAGGAUAGGAAUUGAUAGUGCUGGAAUAGAAUGGGCUGGAAAACCAUUCAGAUUUUAUAUUAAAGGCAAUGAAUAUGUUAGCAAAAGAGAUUUAAGUAAAGAAAAAGAACUUGAUGAUGUUUAAAUCUUA